UUUUCGUUUUUUGAUCACAUUUCGAGGACAGCAAGAUGAGGGAGAUCGUGCAUCUGCAGGCUGGACAGUGCGGCAACCAGAUCGGAGCGAAGUUCUGGGAAGUUAUUUCUGAGGAGCACGGCAUCGAUCAGUCGGGCAUUUAUCACGGCGACAGCGAUCUGCAGCUGGAGCGUAUCUCCGUGUAUUACAACGAAGCAUCCGUCGCAACAUCCACAAAUGGCGGGAAAUACGUGCCGCGCGCGAUUCUGCUGGACCUGGAACCGGGAACGAUGGACGCCGUUCGUUCCGGCGCUUACGGGAAACUCUUCAGACCGGACAACUUCGUGUUCGGCCAGUCCGGUGCCGGUAACAAUUGGGCGAAGGGCCAUUACACCGAGGGUGCCGAACUGGUCGAUUCCGUGCUCGACGUCGUGCGAAAAGAGUGCGAGAACUGCGACUGUCUUCAAGGUUUUCAACUGACGCAUUCGUUAGGAGGCGGAACUGGAUCCGGUAUGGGCACGCUGUUGAUCUCGAAGAUUCGCGAGGAAUAUCCCGAUCGCAUUAUGAACACGUACUCGGUAAUGCCUUCGCCAAAGGUGUCCGACACGGUCGUGGAGCCGUACAACGCGACUCUGUCGGUGCAUCAAUUGGUCGAGAACACCGACGAGACUUAUUGCAUCGACAACGAGGCCCUGUACGACAUCUGUUUCCGUACUCUCAAGGUUUCCAAUCCCAGUUACGGCGAUCUUAAUCACCUGGUCUCGCUUACCAUGUCCGGAGUGACGACUUGUCUUAGGUUUCCCGGCCAGCUGAACGCCGAUCUGCGAAAGCUCGCGGUUAACAUGGUGCCCUUCCCACGUCUGCACUUCUUCAUGCCGGGCUUCGCGCCACUUACGUCCCGGUCUAUGCAACAAUAUUCCGCUCUAUCGGUGCCGGAGCUCACUCAGCAGAUGUUUGACGCCAAGAACAUGAUGGCGGCCUGCGACCCACGUCACGGCAGAUACCUCACCGUGGCGGCCGUUUUUCGCGGUAGAAUGUCGAUGAAGGAGGUGGACGAGCAGAUGCUCAGCGUGCAGAACAAGAACAGCUCGUACUUCGUCGAGUGGAUACCGAACAACGUGAAGACCGCCGUUUGCGACAUCCCGCCGAAAGGCUUGAAGAUGUCGUCGACCUUCAUCGGCAAUACAACCGCCAUUCAGGAACUGUUCAAGAGAAUCUCCGAGCAGUUCACCGCCAUGUUCAGGAGAAAGGCCUUCCUCCAUUGGUACACCGGCGAGGGUAUGGACGAGAUGGAGUUCACCGAGGCCGAGUCCAACAUGAACGACUUGGUGUCCGAGUAUCAGCAAUAUCAGGAAGCCACGGCGGAGGAGGACUUCGAAACGGAAGAGUGCGCCGAUGACUUCGAAACUUGCGAGCAGGAAAACUAAAACGAUUGAUUUUCUUUUGCUAAAUUUAUCUCCUGCUUCUUUAUCUGUAUCCCUAUCGCGUUGCCGAAGUUCGCACGAUCGACACUGUGCGCACAUUCGCGCAAGGGAAAUCCCGUUCUUUUUUGAUACCUUUUACGUACGAUACGCUUUUGUAAUCAACGUGAAGUGUAAUAUAGAUGAUUGAGAGGUUGCUUUUUCAAUAUGUUGUGAUACUGGAUUAUUUAUGAAAUAAAUAUUUGAAAAAAAAAAAAAAAAAAAAGAACAACUGCAUUCUUGAGAUGAUGAGUGAUAUGUAGAAAAACAAUUAGAGGUUGCUGGGUGUUCUCUUCAUUAAUCUCCGAUGCGUCUGUAUUACAUUCAGCUUUGACCCAAUGAUAAUCACACACAGAUAUGUUGCUAUAAAGGAGUGUGGACUGAAAAGUUUUGCAAUAAAACAGUUUUUAAAAAUCA